AUGUUUGGUUCCAAGAAAUCACCAACCAACCUUCCCAAACACAACUCUGCUGAUCCUGAAUUCCACAAACCAAACCCUUUUGAUUCAGAUGAAGAAUCUGACAACAAACAAACCAACACCCUUAACCCCUCCCAGAGAACUUCCUCUGAACCUUCUUUAGCUAUCAUGACCAACCCUUUUGAUGAGGCUGAGAAAGAGUACAGUAGUUCUAACUCUAGAUACCAGUACAAGAACAAUUUUCAAGAUUCAGGAGGUGUUGAGAACCAGUCUGUUCAAGAGCUUGAAGGUUAUGCUGUGUACAAGGCUGAAGAGACAACAAAAUCUGUACAGGGUUGUCUGAAAGUAGCUGAAGAGAUAAGGUCGGAUGCUACUAGGACUUUGGUCAUGUUACAUGACCAGGGUGAGCAAAUCACUAGGACACAUCAUAAAGCUGUUGAAAUUGAUCAUGAUCUCACUAGAGGUGAGAAGCUGCUUGGAAGCCUUGGAGGUAUGUUUUCAAAGACUUGGAAACCGAAGAAGACUCGUCCUAUUAAUGGUCCUGUCAUAACUAGAGAUCACUCACCAACGAGAAGAGUUAACCACUUAGAGAAAAGGGAAAAACUAGGACUAAUCCCAGCACCAAAAGCACAAUCAAGAACCAGAGAACCUCUUCCUGAAUCAGCUGAUGCAUAUCAGAGAGUAGAGAUGGAAAAAGCUAAGCAAGACGAUGGACUUUCAGAUUUGAGUGAUCUACUUGGGGAGCUAAAGAACAUGGCAGUUGACAUGGGAAGUGAAAUUGGAAGGCAGAAAGGUGAUCUUGAUCAUCUUCAUGAUGAUGUUGACGAACUCAAUUACAGAGUGCAACAAUCAAACCAACGUGCCAACCGUUUGCUCAGGAAGUAG